UAUGUAUAUAUAUAUAUUUCUUGUGAAAGGUUAGGUUUUUAUCAUUAUCAGAUUGAGUUCUAUAUAAUAAAACAUAACUUAAGAAUUUUCAUUUUUUACGUAUAAUGGAGGAGGUAGAUAAUAUAAUUAUUCAUUCGUUACGUCAAAUAGGCUGUGGUAUAAAAGAAGAAGUAACAAAUUUAAGCGGUUUUGACACAGAGACUGUAGUAGAAGCAACGGUAAAAUGCUUAGAUACUAUAAGGCCAGGACUUGGAUUGCAUACUACUUUGCCACCAAACAUGGCUGCACGUUUUCGUUUAGGCGCAACACUAGCACAAGCAUGCAUGGACCUUGGAUACAAAGGUGAUAUUGGUUAUCAGACAUUUCUCUAUAGUUCGGAAAAUGAUUUAAGAAGGGUUUUAAUGUUUUUGAUUGAAAAAUUACCUAAGGAAAGUGAUAAGACUUUAAGCGAACCAACCAGUGAAAUCGCUUUGCUAGAAAAAUCUAUAGCAUCGGUUAUAUCACAAAGUUUUUCAAUACCAUGGUUACCACAUUUUUGCCACAAAAAGGGAUUCAGAAACAGAGGAAGGGCAAGUGUACCUUAUGCAUCUGUAAAUAUAGAAGUACCAGUAUCUGAUGUAGAAGAAGAGUAUCAGAAUUACUAUUUACAUUAUAUGCAGCCAGUGCCUAAUCAAAUGCAAACUCACCAAUGUUUUCUGCCUUCAAUUCUUUCGCACAAUGCAAGAGCAAUUCAUUCGCAAUCGAUAAAUAUUAGAGAACGUAUUGACUGGUUGAAUGCCCAACAAGAAAAAAUGAUACAUGUAUCAAAUCACAAUCAAUCAUUUAACAGAGUUACUCUAAAAGAAUCAACAAUAUCUAAGAAUUCUCAAUUGAGUGAGACUGAUGUUACAACAACCGAUGUUACAACAGCUGAUGUUAUUCAACAAGAAUUUAUUUCUAAGAAAGAAGAGAUACAAGACUUGCAAGUUGAAAAAAUAAAAGAGGAAUGUGAAAAUUUUAAACAUGAUAUAGAUAGUUUACAAGAAGAAAUUAAAAAGUUAACAGUAAAAGCAACUCAGGUAUCUAUGACUUAUCAAAAUGAGGAAAAGGCAUUAAAAAUUAAUGAAGAACAAAAGAAACUUAAAGCAAGAGCUUAUGAUUUAUAUCAAGAUGGAGAACAAAAUAUACGUAAGCUGGAAGCUACUAUUGAAGCUAUCACAAAUGAAUUAUUACAUUUAGCUAAUCAAUGGGAAAAGUAUAGAAUAUCAUUAAUUCAAGAUUAUCGAGAAGAAAGAGAGAAACAUUCCACAAAAGCAAGUGUAAGUCAAAAGAAGCAGGAUGAAAUCAAAUUACUCAAAGAAAAAGAGAAAGAACUUAAAGAAGAACAUAGGAACAAAAAGCAAUUGUUCUCGCAAUUAGUGGUAGAAGUACAGAAACUUCCGAAAGAAGUUAACAGAUCGGCAUACACUCAACGAAUUUUAGAAAUAAUAAAUAAUGUCAGGAAACAGAGAGACGAGAUUAAUAAAGUUUUGGCAGAUACUCGUGAAAUUCAAAAAGAAAUUAAUACUCUUACUGGACGCUUAGAAAGAUCAUUUACAGUAGUAGAUGAAUUGAUAUUCAGAGAUGCAAGGACGAACGAAGCCUCUAGGAAAGCGUACAAAUUAUUGGCGACAUUACAUUCUGAUUGUAGCGAACUUGUAAGUUUGUUCGAAGAAACAGGUGCUACAAUACGUGAAAUAAGAGAUUUGGAAGAACAGAUUGACACAGAAUCUGCUAAGAAUGUUGGUGCAAACCUGGAAAGAAUAACUGCUGAUUUAAAACAAAUGAAGCAAGAAACAGCUGCAUUAACUGCACAACUCCAAAGUCGAAGUUCAUGAUCACAUUGUAUGUGCGAUAAUAAUACAAAUUAUAGCAUACUCACAAUCACAUAAAAAUACGAAAAACGUAAGAAUUUAUAUUUGUUAUUACAUUUUACAAUUUUAAAAUUCUACAAUUAUUAUGUUGUUACAGAAUAUUCGAGUGAAUAUUAUUCAUUAAAUACAAGACUAAAUGGACAAAUACUUUUAUAGUUAUACAAGUCUUGUACACAACUUUAAUAAUUUAGUGUUAUUUAUGGAUGUAUUAAUUAUAAAGGAUGCUGUAUAAAUAUGCUGCAAAAAAUGUGCCUCAGCUUGGAGCACUUGAUAUUUAAAUAAUACAGCUUCCAGCCCCAAAUAUACAAAGGAAAACAGUAUGCACAAGUGCUCAAGAAAUGUUGUUACAAAGCCUAAUCUUUUUUUAGUAUAAAGUUCAAUAGUAUAAACUUUCAUAUUCCUUGUAAGCAUAUAGCUUUGAAAAAAAUUCUAAUAAUUCUUUGUAAUAACUGCUGAAAAAAGUUGUUUUUGAAUAAGCAUGUACAAAUGAUAAUACAUACAAAAUGAAAUGUUA